GCGAGAACCACCACCACCAGCACUACCUCCUCCGAACGCACCACCUGUCCGAGCUGCUCGUGCUCAGCUGAUCCUACCUGCCGUUCCGGCAAGCGCGAGCGAGUGAGGCUAUCUUGGUGUUGAGGGAGAGACAAUGGCCUCGGUGCUGCCGGAGAUCGCGGCGGAGGGCAAAUGCACCCUCGCUGACGCCUGGGACAGCAAGGGCCGUCCCGCCACCCGCGCCACCACCGGCGGGUGGGGAUGCGCCGCCAUGAUCCUGGGCGCGGAGCUGUUCGAGCGGAUGACGACGCUGGGCAUCGCGGUGAACCUGGCGCCGUACAUGACCGGCACCAUGCACCUUGGCAGCGCCGCCGCUGCCAACACCGUCACCAAUUUUAUUGGUACCUCCUUCAUGCUCUGCCUCCUCGGCGGUUUCAUCGCCGACUCCUACCUCGGCCGUUACCUCACCAUCGCCGUCUUCACCGCCGUCCAAGCCACCGGCGUGGUGGUACUGACGGUUUCGACGGUGGCCUCGGGGCUGCGGCCGGCGCCGUGCGCGGACGUGACGGGGCAAAGCCCUGACUGCGUGCCGGCGGACGGGAAGCAGCUAGGGAUGCUGUAUCUGGGGCUCUACAUGACGGCGCUGGGGACCGGAGGGCUCAAGUCCAGCGUGUCCGGCUUCGGGUCCGACCAGUUUGACGAGUCCGACGACGGCGAGCGCAAGAAGAUGAUGCGCUUCUUCAACUGGUUCUACUUCUUCGUCAGCAUCGGCGCGCUCCUCGCCGUCACCGUGCUGGUGUACGUGCAGGACAACAUCGGCCGCCGCUGGGGUUACGGCAUCUGCGCCGUCGGCAUCCUCGCCGGGCUCGGCGUGUUCCUGGCCGGCACCAGGAAGUACCGGUUCAAGAAGCUCGUCGGAAGCCCGCUGACGCAGGUCGCUGCCGUGACGGCCUCCGCAUGGAGCAAGCGCACCCUGCCGCUGCCGUCUGACCCGAGUAUGCUCUACGACCUCGACGACGCGGCAGCCACCGGCGAGGACCUCAAGGGGAAGCAGAAGCUGCCCCACAGCAAGGAAUGCCGGUUCCUAGACCAUGCAGCCAUCAUCGACCGGGCAGCGGGCGAGUCUCCUGCCGAUGCAAGCAAGUGGAUGCUAUGCACGCGGACGGACGUGGAGGAGGUGAAGCAGGUGAUGCGCAUGCUGCCCAUUUGGGCAACCACCAUCAUGUUCUGGACCAUCCACGCACAGAUGACCACCUUCGCCGUCGAGCAGGCCGCUCUCAUGGACCGCGGCAUCGGUGGCUCAGGCUUCCUCAUUCCCGCAGGUUCUCUCACCGUAUUCCUCGUCGGCUCCAUCCUCCUCACCGUGCCACUCUACGACCGCCUCGUCGCCCCUAUUGCCCGUCGGAUCACGGGCAACCCGCACGGCCUCUCCCCGCUCCAGCGUGUUUUCGUUGGCCUCUUUCUAUCCAUCACCGGCAUGGCCGCCGGAGCGCUUAUCGAGCGCCACCGACUCACCUCGUCCGAGCAUGGGGUCAUGCUCACCGUGUUCCUUCUCAUGCCUCAGUUCCUGCUCGUAGGAGCAGGCGAGGCUUUCACUUACAUGGGGCAGCUCGACUUCUUCCUGCGCGAAUGUCCCAAGGGGAUGAAGACGAUGAGCACGGGCCUCUUCCUCAGCACAUGUGCACUCGGGUUUUUCUUCAGCACCGUCAUUGUUACGAUUGUGCACAAGGUCACCGGGCAUGGUUCAAAUGGCAGCGGUGGCUGGUUAGCCAACGACCUUAAUCAAGGGAGGCUCGACUACUUCUACUGGCUGCUUGCUGUCAUGAGCACUGUCAACCUCGUCUUUUUCACGGUUGCGGCAAGAGGUUACGUAUACAAGGAGAAGCGCUUAGCCGAUGCCGGCAUUGAGCUCGCUGACGAGGAGAUCAUGAUUGGCGGCCAUUGAUGAUCAUGUGUCUUGUAUAACGUCCGCCUUUUUCAUUUUAUUUUCUGUCGUGUGUUUUCACCUUUUUGUGUGUAUUCGGUGGCAUACACAUAAGGUAUUUUGAAAAGGUAUAUAUAAUCCAUGCAUAUCGUACAUAAGCUUAUGUGCACAUAAGGGUAAGCAUAUGUACAAUAAUUGAAAAUUGAGUGUAAUAGGUGUUCAAUGGUGAUUAUAUGAGGUAGCUAUUGUUUGACGUGUCCAA